AUGUUGGAGCUGCAGCAUCAACUGUUGGAAGAGCAGCGAGAGCACGGUAUCAUUCGCUUCUGGCUCAGCAGCUAUCCCCUAGUCAUGCUGUUCAGUCCAGAGUUCGCCGAGGUAAUACUGCACAGCUCAAAACACAUGGACAAGACAUGGGAAUAUGACCUCUUACGACCUUGGCUUGGUACAGGCCUCGUCACCAGCACGGGUAACAGAUGGCGGCAGCAUCGGAAGAUACUCACGCCAUCGUUCCAUUUCAAGAUCCUGGAGGAGUUCGUACCGAUUGUUAACGAACAUGCUGCGACGCUCUGCCAACAGCUGGAGCCACUAGCAGACGGUCACACGCCCUUCGACAUCUUUGACUAUAUCACUCUGUGUACGCUGGAUACCAUCAGUGAGACGGCAAUGGGAAAGAAGAUGCAUGCACAGACGGAUCGUGACUCAGCGUAUGUGAACGCAGUGAGUCGACUCCUGCAUAUAUCGGCUGUACGUCACAAGUCGUUGUGGUACUGGAACGACACUCUGUUCUCCCUCACGCCGCUCGGCCGGGAGUGGCAACGCUGCUUGACCCUCGUACACGAUACCACCAACCAGUCUCUGCCGACGUUCUCUGCCGACGUUCCCUGCCGACGUUUCCUCCCAACGUUCCAUCCCGACGUUCCAUCCCGACAUUCUCUACCGACGUUCCCUGCAGACGUUCCCUGCCGACGUUCCCUGCCGACGUUCCCUGCCGACGUUCCCUGUCGACGUUCUCUGCCGACGUUCCCUGCCGACGGUCCCUGCCGACGUUUCCUGCCGACGUUUCCUGUCGAUGUUUUCUGCCGACGUUCUCUGCCGACGUUCUCUGCCGACGUUCCCUGCCGACGUUCCCUGUCGACGUUCCCUGCCGACGUUCCAUCCCGACGUUCUCUACCGACGUUUCCUGCCGACGUUCCAUCCCGACGUUCCAUCCCGACGUUCCCUGCCGACGUUCUCUACCGACGUUCCUUCCCAACGUUCCUUCCUAACGUUCUCUGCUCUACCGACCGUCCGACGUUCAUUAUUUGUUCCAUCCCGACGUUCACUGACCGUCCUGUCGGCGCGCACGCUGCUUCAGGCGACUUCGUUGUUCCGAAGGGCUCGGCGAUUAUCAUCUACCAGUACUUCAUCCAUCGUGACCCGCGAUACUUCCCCGACCCGGAGCGAUUCGACCCGGAGCGAUUCACGACAGCUAACUCCGUGGGUCGGCACCCGUUCGCCUUCGUGCCUUUCUCUGCGGGAAGCAGAAACUGCAUCGGUCAGAAGUUUGCCAUGAUGGAACUGAAGGUCGUUCUCGCCUCUCUUCUGCGUCGUUUCACCAUCCGCUCUACGCGUGCGCGUGAGGACAUGCGACCUUUCGCGGAAAUAACGCUAAAGCCGAAAGAUGGCAUUGUCGUCGUGCUCACAAGACGUCGUUAGCUGCGACUUCGGCACCGUUCGGGAAUUUUCGGACGAUUCCGCCUCACUUCGUCGUUGUGGGAGAACGCGUCAGUGGCUGUGUAGUAAUAGCGACCGAUAAUAGAUGGCGCUGCGAGUCACAGUCGCGGCAGUCUUGUCUUCCGCAGUAGAAACUGCUUAUUGACUAAUAUUUAAAAAAUGUAUUAAUAAUGAGAA